CAAGAAUCACACGAUGCCGCAGUCAAUGCCAUCCGAUCCUUUCUUAAGUGUCACACUUCUUACGAUGCCUUCCCUGUGAGCUUCAGGCUCAUAGUCCUCGACACAAAGCUCAACGUUAAGAAAGCUCUUCAAUGCGUCGUCUCCGCUCCCCUUUGGAACAGCGAAAAAUCCCGUUUCGCAGGCAUGCUCACCGUUCUGGACAUCAUUCAUCUCAUUCAGUAUUACUAUCGCACUGCAUCAUACGAUUACGCCGCAACCGAUGUCGAGACAUUUCGUUUGGAAUCCCUGAGAGACAUCGAACGUGAACUGGGAGUUGCUCAACCACCACUUUUGCGUGAGCAUCCAUCAAGCACGUUGUAUGAUGCUGCCAAGCUUCUUAUCCAAACCCACGCGCGACGGCUACCCUUGCUUGACAAUGACACUGAGACGGGCCAUGAGGUCAUCGUAUCUGUCCUCACCCAAUACCGAUUGCUCAAGUUCAUUUCAAUCAACUGUCACAAGGAGAUCCAACAGCUCCAUCAAUCAUUGCGCAAACUGAGAAUCGGAACCUAUGUUGCCUCACCUCCUUCGGAACUACGUGAAGGCCAAAAUCCUUACCAUCCAAUUGCCACUGCCAGUCUCAAUACCCCUGUUUUUGAUGUUGUUCAUAUGUUUUCCGAACGCUCGAUCUCCGCCGUUCCCAUCAUUGAUGAGCAGGGCGUUGUGGUUAACCUUUAUGAGACAGUAGAUGUCAUCACACUCGUCCGGCUAGGCGCAUACCAAUCCUUAGAUCUCAAAAUCUCGGAGGCUCUCAAUCAGAGGUCUCCUGAUUUCCCUGGCGUUGUCGUCUGCACUGCUUCAGAUUCUCUUGGAACGUUGCUGCAACUCAUCAAGAAAAGACGAGUGCAUCGCCUUGUUGUCGUUGAGGGAGAGAAAGGUAGGCUAUUGGGUAUCAUUACAUUGAGCGAUGUCCUGCGAUACGUCAUU